AAUUAUCACUCUAAGAGAACUGUGUGGUUGCUCAAGGAGAUUGGGGUUCCCUACAAGAUCAAGUCCUACCAUUGUCUUCCAUGGAGGCAGGCUCCUCCAGAACUCAAGGCUAUUCACUCACUCAGGAAGAGUCCUGUGAUGCAGGAUGGUUAUGGCAAGCUUGGGGAGAGGGGGGUGAUUAUUGAGUACUUAAUCAAGAAGUAUGGAAAGGGCAGCUUUGAACUGGGCAAAGAUGGAUGGGUGGAUAACCUCUACUACAUGCACUUUGCAGAAGGCAGCAUCAUCAUCAUGGGCCUCAUAUUCACUGUGGGUACCCUUCUUCAUCCACCCUAUUGCGAGCCUUAUUUGUAA